AUGAGCACUUAUCAACUAUCAACACCUUCAUCACCUACAACUCCUACUAGUACAGUACAAUCACCAUACCAAAAUCAGAACCUCAUGACUCUUCAACCUCCUUCACAACCAGUCAAGAUGAGUAGUAACACGUUUGUUCACAAGCUGUACAAUAUGGUUGUUGAUAAACAAUAUCAACAUCUUAUUGCUUGGAAUUAUACCGGGUCUUCCUUCAUAGUAUGUAAUAUUAUGGAGUUUUCUCGUGACGUUCUACCAAAACAUUUUAAACACAAUAAUUUCUCUAGUUUUGUUCGUCAAUUAAAUAUGUACGGUUUUCAUAAAGUGAAUAAAUCACCACGUGGACAUCGAACAUUAGCAGAAAAUCAAAUUUGGGAAUUUUCUCACGCAAAAUUUUUGCGCGGACGUCCAGAUUUAUUGGAUGAUAUCAAACGAAAAGCCAUGGAGUCAGAAACUCUACGACGAGAAACAGGAGAUUUACAUGCACAUCUUGCUAUGAUGCAAGUUGCGCAAAAUGAAUUAAUACAACAAAUUAGACAAUUACAGGAAAAUUUUACCGAGGUUAUGAGGGAUUUGUCGGAUACGAAACGAAAACAAAGUUUGCAACAACAUUGGAUGAAAGAAAUGUGGCAAUUCAUGCAAAAUCAAGGGUCGACGACGACGACAAGUGAGUUUUUAAUAGGGAGGUCUUUCGAUAUCAAAUCCGAACCAGACCGACCACCGAUAUAUAUUACAUCACCGGAGAACAGUAAUAUGACAAAUCUCUUCCUAAACCAAUUAUCAUCACAACAAGGAGUGCAUCAAAUUCCACAGCGUCCUUCGACGCCGUUGACGGUAAACACCAAUAUAGGCAGUCAUGCAUCAUCUAGUCAAAACAGUCCACAUAGAAGUCCAAAUCGUGUUUUGAACAUUCAACUCCCUGGAAAUCACUUUUAUGAUCCCACAAUAUUGUCUAAUACAAUAUCACCACUUUCGCCUACAUUUUCCUUUAAUCAGGCUGUAAACACACCUUUGCCACCAAGUCCUUCGCCGGGUUCACCAAUGGCACAUCUGUCAGAUGACGAUAUGGAUGCUAACAGUUCGAUUUAUUGCACAAGUCCUGGUAGUCAUGCUGGAUCAGAUUACGGUGAUGAGAUAUUUAAUAAUGCAGUAUAG